GCAAUAACAAUCGACAAUGUGAUAACACUGACUGUCAGCAUCGUAUUAUCACAGCACAAGCACAGGGGGAGUCUGGCCGGGCGUCAGUCAUCGUUAAAGAUUGAUUAUUAAUCAGUUGUACAACAAUUCGGUUUAUCUUAUCGGAAAAAGCAAGUACCAAAAGUGUGCACCUCCCGGCAAUGCCAGAUAUCCCAGACCGGUCGGGGUCUUCAGUUGUCGCUCAUCUUCCGCGGCGAUGAUCAACUUGUCUUUGGUUAAUAUUCAUAUAAGUUCUAAUAUUAGUGUCUUGUAACAAUGACACGCUCCUCAACGGAAAGCGUGGUCGGCAAUCCCAGCCGGAAGCUGCCCCAGUACAUCGCCGCACUGGCUGCGUCCGGUGGUGCCCUAGCAGCGGGAACCUUCCUCGGAUGGACAUCGCCAGCGGAGAUCCCGCUGGUGCAGAACGAGGAAUACAAGUUCCCCAUCAAUGCGGAGGAGUUCUCCUGGAUCGGGUCGAUGGCCAAUCUGGGCGCGGCACUGAUGUGCUUCCCGAUCGGGAUUCUAAUGAAGAUGGUUGGCCGGAAGUGGGCCAUGUUGCUGCUGGUGCUGCCACUGAUGCUCGGAUGGCUGCUGAUCAUCUUUGCCAGCAACGUAGCGAUGUUGAUGGUGGGGCGGUUCUUCCUCGGUGUAGGUGGUGGUGCCUUUGCUAUAUCGGGUCCGGCGUACACAGCUGAGAUAUCCGACCCAUCAAUACGCGGAGCGUUAGGGAUGUUCUUCCAGCUGUUCAUCACGCUAGGAAUUCUGUUCGGAUACGCAGUAGGUGCCGCUGUAAACGUACAGGUGCUGAGCAUCAUUUGCGCCGUCAUUCCGAUUGCUUUCGGAGCAAUCUUCUUCUUCAUGCCCGAGAGUCCGCAAUAUUUCAUUGAGAAAAAUCGAAUCGAAGAUGCAUCCAAGUCGCUUAAAUGGCUUCGAGGAAGCCACUACGAUCAACGUGCUGAGCUGGAGACGCUACAAGCAGAGGACGCUAAGCUGCGAGCAGAGAAGAUCACUUUCCUGCAAUGUUUCCAGCAGCGAGCAACAAUUCGUGCGUUGAUCAUCUCCCUCGGGUUGGUGUUCUUCCACCAGAUGUCCGGAGUGAAUGCCGUCAUUUUCUACACUACAACCAUCUUUGAUGCUGCAAACUCUGGACUGGAUCCCACAGCGGCUACGAUCAUCGUUGGAGUCAUCCAGGUCGUCGCCACCUUCCUGGCCACCAUCAUAGUCGACAAAGUUGGCCGUCGGAUCUUGCUGAUGCUCUCGGAUUUCUUCAUGGCUGUGUCCACGAUCCUUCUCGCCGUGUACUUCCAACUCAAGGAAGCCGAUGAAACACAGGUGGAGAACCUGGGCUGGCUUCCGGUCCUGGCGCUGUGUCUCUUCAUCGCCAUGUUCUCCAUCGGCUACGGUCCGAUUCCAUGGCUGAUGAUCGGGGAACUUUUCGCCAACAACGUCAAAGCUUACGUAAGUCCACUGGGUGGAGCAUUCAGUUGGUUGUUUGCUUUCCUGGUAACGAAGGUCUUCACCAACCUGCGAGAUGCCCUUGGGAUAUCCGGAGCGUUCUGGCUGUUCUCGGGGAUAUCCUUGGUUGGUACCAUCUUUGUGUUCUUCAUUGUGCCGGAAACGAAGGGAAUCUCGCUGGUGGAAAUCCAACGGAUUCUGUCCGGGGAGAAGGUGCGAGGGUCUAAAGGUCACGUAAAUCGAGCUAUGGAAGACGAUGAAAAAUAGAGUUCUGCUGAAGACUAAGGUCGUUGCUGUUUGCAGAUGGAGAAUGGUUUCCAAAUAGCUGUAGUUGUCUACUAUAGAAUUUUUGUACAAAUACUGUAGAAUUAUGUACUUACAUAUAUAAAAUAAAAUUGUUUUAGAUAUCGA